AUGCAAAAAAUUGGCUUAAAGACUUUGAUUUUACACCCUGGAAGUUAUUUAACCGCCACUGAAGAAGAAGGAUUAACUCAAAUCGCCCAAGGGCUUAAUUUAGUUUUGACGGAAAAUUCAGAAAUCAAAAUAGCCUUAGAAACUAUGUCAGGAAAAGAUACUUGUCAUUUAUAUAGUGCCGGUUAUGAUAUUAAAAAUAAUUUAGAACAAGCAAUUGAAGAAUUUGACAGAGUAAUUGGUUUAGAAAAAUUUUUACAUGAAUUAGGAGCCAAAAAAGACCGCCAUGAAAAUAUUGGCUAUGGGAAAAUUGAUCUGCCAGCCUUAAAAAAAAUAGUUCAUCAUCAAAAAUUAGACGGGGUAAUCAAAUUAUUAGAAACACCACGAAGUAAAGAGUAUUAUCGAGAAGAAAUAAAGAUAUUGAAAGAAAACUAA